AUGAAUACAAGGAAAAUGCCAGUUGGCCGUCUGGGCUUUGGACUGAAUCCAGAAAACGCAAAUAAGGCGGUUGAGGUAAAGAAUAAAGGCAAAACAGCACAACUGACUCAUGGCUCUGUUGUUAUUGCUGCAAUUACAUCUUGUACCAACACAAGUAACCCGAGCGUGAUGUUAGCCGCCGGUCUUGUUGCCAAGAAGGCCGUAGAACUUGGGCUGACUUCUCAGCCGUAUACAAAGACUUCUCUUUCUCCUGGAUCUGGAGUUGUGACGAAGUAUCUUGAAGCUUCUGGUCUUCUUCCAUACCUUCAACAACUUGGGUUUCACAUUGUCGGUUAUGGUUGUAUGACAUGCAUUGGAAAUUCUGGUCCUCUUGACGACGAGAUUGCUAAAGCUAUCGAAGAGAACAACCUUAUCGUCGCUGGAGUACUCUCUGGCAAUCGAAACUUCGAGGGUCGCAUUCAUCCACUUGUACGAGCUAAUUAUCUUGCAAGUCCUCCCCUUGCAGUUGUCUACUCCAUUGUUUGGCGAUAA